GUCUUGAUUUCAACCCUGCUAGCCAGUCGGCAACCUCCAUCAAGUUGUAUCAAUUCCCCGACCGCAUCACAUCCAUUACCAACGGCACAAGAAAUGAGAGAGCAUAUAUUGCAUCGAUUGUACUACAGAGCUCGCGGACGCCUGGUCGAAUCUAUCCGGGAAGUUCAGACUCGGUCAAAAGAGUCCCAGUUCACCGCGGAAAACCGUAGCUCCCCACUUUCCGGCAGGAACGAUACUCAAAUAACAGCACUGUCGGUCGAGUUGUGGCGAGCAAAUACGCGUCGAACGCCAUCCGAAGGUGUGAUUUCAAACGAUGGGGCUAGUUUUGUUGAUAUUGUAAUUCACUGGCAACCAAGUAGUCCAAUACAAGAAAAGCAAAGCAUCCUGUAUGCAACAGAGAAGAUUGUGAAUAGAUCCCAUGUGAUCGAAGCCGUUCUGGACAGCUUUCAGCUGAUCCGACCACAUUCGGACACGUGCCAAGCCUUGUUUUAUCCUAUUGUGACGAACAAUCCAAAACUCAUGUUCCAACUACUCCACCCAUCCAAUUGUCCGAGUGAGCUGUACAAUCGGAUCAUACUCAUUCCUUGCAUCGUUUAUGCGUUAUUGUCCUCAUUGAUGAUCGCAUUGGAACUGCCCCAAAUGGUUGAAUUUCUGCAGAUCUGCCGUGAGAAGCUAGUUACAAGUCAAUAUUCACCACCGACGGGACAAAAGGCACCUGAAAUCCCCGGUCAGGACCUGAAGGAUUCAUUCAAUCGAAAUCAGUCGGACGAGGGGGACAGCAUUGUCCGAAGAAAAUCCGAGACAGCUGAGCGUAGCAACGAGUUGCUUCCAAUCCGGUCACGCAUAGGUUCCGGCUCGGACUUGGACGUAGCACAAAGUACGCUUGAGACAAAAUUUGAUGAAGUAUACAAACUUCUACUGAAAAUCCAGGAGCAUCGUGACGCACUUUGCCUGGAACCGCAUAUAGAAAAAGUAUUUGAAGAACUCUUUGGGACUGUUCUAAAUAUGCGUAAAACAAUCCAGUUCAUCAAACAUGGCAAGCGAUCCGUCAGUAUAUCAAUGAUUAAACCCAUACUACUGAAUAUGCGACACUCUCGUCUGGUCGGACAGCAGUCACAACCAGGGAAAUCGAGUCCAAGGGAACCAGAUGAUUCUGAUUCCCUGGUCUAUCAGUUCAAGGAAGCGAUUCUCGCACAAUUAAAUCAAUUCUACCCCGGUGAAGGUCCACUGGAGGAGACUUUACUUUUGUCAAGCCUUCUUGAUCCUCGAUUCAAAUCCUGUUUACUUGCACUGUGCCCCGAUACCUCUCGACUGCUACGUCUCAAGCUCAAACAGGUGUUUAAAAAGUCUCACGAAGACGGCGCGCUGAAAUCCGAAGAACAUUCCUUCCUGGAUGAACAGAUCACCAAUGAGCUUGAACGUUAUCUGUGCGAGGCAUCUCUCCCAGCCACUGAAGAUUCAAUGGAAUGGUGGAAAGAACAGGCGACAUCAAAUUAUCCACAUCUAUCACAGUUAGCCAUACCCUAUUUGAUGAUUCCACUCUACUGUGGUCGUACCGAGAUGGAUGAGGUACAAAUACCGUCGUCCGGUCAAAAUACCCCCUUGUCGGCUGUGUCCGGGCAAUCCUGGUCAGAGUGUGACCGACAAUCCCAAAGAUCUGAGACAACUCUGUCCGGCUCCAGUGGACUUUUGCGAAGGGCAGUCAUUGCCCCGGAUGAUGUGUCUUACUAUUCAUUCCUCUGGCACAAUUGGCAGUUUACUUCACCCCGGUAA